AUGGCUUCAAGGACCGAAGAGCAGCUCUACUCUGAACAAGAAGCCUUUCGCCGCCCUCGCUACACGUUCCCCGACCUGGACGGCGGAGAACCGGAGCCGGGCUUCGGCGACGAGAAGCGUCACAACGCGGCCAGCAGACCGGCGCCAUUUUCAGCUUUCCAGUCGAUUCGCCGGCAGACUUCGGGCGGGCUGUCGUACGCCAAGUAUCUGUGCAUGCAAAAGGAGUACCGAUGCCUGCCUGACCGAGUGCUCAGCCAUGCCGUCAUUAUCCGCAUGCACGAGCUGGUAGCGACGCUCAUCGGCUACCACAAUGACUUCAUCUGGCUGCUCAAGGAGCUUGCGCGGAAAUGGGACGUGGCCAAACCUCGAUCUCACCGUCCAACACGAGCUCGGACUGGACUUGAAAGAGGUCCACUGGAAGGCACUCGAGAUCCGCGACUCGCAUCUUGCAGAGCUUGUCAAGUUGCAACAUAA